UAUUGUAAAUAAUAAAUUAAUUGAAAUGCAUCCUUAUGGAGACAUCAAUGUAUGUGGCCGCAAAUAAAAGAAUUCUAGUGCUUUAUUCACUAAGUUAAUCUACCAAUUUAUAGAGAACCUUAAAUUAUAUAAGAAAUAAUGGGAGCCAAAAUAUGGGUAAUAGAUUCAACAGAGGGUCUGGGAGCACACAAUCUUGGAAUAGAUUAAAAGGAAGCAACCCAAGACUUAAAGGAAGGACCAGAAAUUUCAACCUUCCAUUACUUCCAAAUCAGUUUACUCAAAAUAAUGCUACACAAUACUUGAAUAUUCAGGAUAGUAUUGGAAAUAAACAAAGGGAAAACUUUUUACCUAGUUUCUUUAGCAGAAUCUCUCCUACUAAAUCAGACCAACCAAGCAUAAUUAAUUCACAUUUGGAAAAUCUUGAGAGGAGGAACAUUAGCUUAAUAAAAUAAGUUAAACAGAAACAUUAGUGCAAUGGAACGAUCAAGAUCAGUUCAACCAAGGUCUGACUCAAGAUUAACAAACCAGCUUGAAGACCCGAGGAUACCAAAAUUUCUUGGAUCUACAUCAUCAGAUAUGGACAGACUCCCAAAUAACUCAGGCUCACAACUUGGAAUGCAAUCUCACCAAAAUAAUUCUCAAAUGAUGACCCCUCAGAUGAUAUAUGCUAUGCCACAAUUCAGUCCAGGAUUUGAUGAAGAUUCUGAUGAAGAUCGCAGACGAAAGAAGAAAAAGAAGAAGCGUAAGAAAAAGAAGAAGAGGAAGCAUAAAAAGAAGAACAAAAAGAGAGACUCUAGUUGCACAAAUUCAGACGGGAGUGAUUCAGACUCUUCCUCUGAGGGCAAGAGCCCUGAAAAGAAGAAUGCAAGGAAGUUCAAACAAAUUGUCAAACAAACAAGGGAAGAAUAUAAGAAUGGCCAAGACUUGAGGGAGCUCAAAGAGAAAAUGACAACCAAUCAGGAUUUUAAAGAUAAUUUACUCAGGAAUUUAGGCCUUUCAGGUAUCGAUAGAGAUGAAGGUCCAGAAUCUGUAGCUACGCAAGUUGAACUUUAUUUAAAUGAAGAGGAAAAGAAAAAGAAAGCGAAAGAGCUGAAUACGAAAAAGGGAAUUAUUUCUGGAAUCCUUGAGAAAGCAAAAGAGUCUAUGAAAGAAAAAUAGCUUGACACCUAAAGAGGAAGCAAAAGACAAAGGCAAAGGCAAAGAAGAGUCGAAAGAAGUCAAAGAGGAGACUAAAGAAGAAGUCAAAGAACCAGUAGAAAUAAAAGAUAAUAGAGAGCAAGAAAUAGAGGAUUUUAAGGAUAGUCUUGAAAUUUUUGUUGAUGUAGCUAAAAAUUGGGUACUUGACACAAUAAAAAUCCCAAUUACUGGUGUUUUUGAAGAUCAAAGAAUGGACCUUGACUUUAUUGAAGCAACUACUAGGGUGAGGAUUGACAAUGCAUAUAGAAAAGCUAAAGUUAGAGCAGGAGCAAUUCUAGAUGCACUUAUUAAAAAAUGCAACCCAAAUGAUUUCCCUUAUUCACUUCUCUUUUUCCUAAACAGAUUAACCAGUGAUGGGAUGUACUUUCCAGAUGAUCUUUUGACCAUCUUUGAGCUUAACAGACUGACCCUGACAAAGAAAGGAGCUUUAAAGUCACCUACUUUUGAGAUGAAGCAAAUGAUAAUAGCCUUCUUUAUAAUCGCAAGAGUAUUAUGAGGUCUCAUUUUGUUAAUGCCACAAAAUAUUGGAUAUAAAGCUAAAAUCAAUUACAACUGCAAAUAACAAUUUCAAGAUUAUUGCUUCACUAGUUUGGUUUGCUAGCUUAAAAUACCUUAAGACAUAUGUAAAGCCCAUUAAUCCAAAAUAACGAUGAAGAUCUAAAACAGAAGAAGAACCCUCGCAAGAGGCUUAAACCAACUGAUAUCAUAAGCGAGGAUCUUUAUGGAGAAAGAGAAUUAACUGCUUUUCAUUACCGUGACAAAGAGUUCUUCCUGCUAUGAGCAAAGAAAGUAGGCAUUUUCCUACGAACACUCACUAAUCUAUGUCCACAACAUACUUUAGCCAAGAAGAUCCAGGAAGGAGCAGGCAUAGAAUAA